GUACUCCAUUGACAAAAAACAAUGAGCAAUCCACACGGCGUCGAUUAUAGUACGGCCACCAUUUCCUCCUUCAGAGGUGGAGGUUCUUGGGACCUCGCCGCCGUCAAUCCCACCUUCUUUCCCUCUCCCGUACGUACAGGAAUAGAGAACACGCCGCCGUGUUUCUCGGACAUGGACUCGGACGACUUGUCGACAGGGUACCUGGAGGAUGCUUUGUUUAACUACAACGCAAAGAGGAGGAAGAAGACGUUUUUACUGUUCGAUGAUGAUGAUCAAGGACCCACAGACUUGAAUAUUCUUUGGAGCUGCCUGGAUGAUGGCAAUAUAAAGCUGGAUUAUUGUUAUGAGAAUUACGAUAACAUGAGGGAGAUAAGCAAAUGUGAUCACAUUUCAGAUAUGAAAAGGAAACCAGAUGCAGAAGCCAUCUCAGCUUUUGCAGCACACAGCGAUUCUUCUUUAUCUUCUUCCUCCAAAUGCUAUAACAAUAUACAGCCCCCACCUUCCGUGGACUCGCCGUCUUUUUCCGCCGCCGGAAGCGACGGAGUUCGGAGACCGAGGAAAAGGGCGACGGCGAAGUUGGUGUACCCGUUCGCGGUGGUGAAGCCGGGAGGGACGGAAGGGGACGUCACGCUGAACGACAUCAACGAGAGGAUUCUGAUGCCGCCGACAAGGCCAGUAAAGCAUCCGGUCGGAGACUUUGCUUGCCGACGGCGGAGUUCGCCGGUCGGAACUGGCUUGUCCGGCAAGGCCGUGGUGGCUUUAACUAGAAUUCAGACUCGGGGUAGAGGAACGAUCACUAUUAUGAGGACAAGAGGCUAACUAGCUGAAAUAAAUUUUUUUUUUUGUUUUUUUUUCUUCUAAUUUUAUACGGAGUACUACGUAUCUGAAAGAGAAAGAAAGAAUCAAAAAAGAGUGGCCUGAACUGAAAUGGUUCCGUUCCUAAGAAAAAUAUGUGGAACUGUUUGAAAAUAUGAAAUUUUAUUAACGGUUCGGUUCUUAUAAAUUAUUUUAUGGAACCGAUAAGGAACCGGACCAUUCGUAACGGUUCAGUUUUUGUCAUUUAACGGUUCCCAGUCUUUAAAAAAUUUCUUACAAACCACGGUUAAAUUUG